CAUGCAGAGAAAUCUCACAACGUGCAGGGCAGAGCACAUCGGAGGGACAAGCUAGUUGUUUUUCAGCUGUCAGUUUUUCUGUUUACACCUGCUUUAUCUAUAUCCAUGAAUUGCGCCGGGUUUGACAGCGGCUCGAAGUCCAGUUGCACAGCCUCCUAACUGACCGAGAGUCAGGAAUUGAGGCGAGUGAUGUCGAAGGAGGACCGGGUGGCAACAACAACAACAGGGCGCGCUGCUGUCCCGUUAGCAUCGCAACGUCCUCUGGUCCAUGUUGUUUAACCCUGCAGGACGACUACACCCGUCCACGCCCUCGGUGCUGUUCAGUCCACUCCAGUCCCUGUCUGAAGCCCACUGUGAUGGCCGACGAGGACCCCCAGCAGACUGACCGCGAGGCGGGGAGUUUACCCGGCCUUCUCCCGGGGCUGCAGGGCGCUGAGGCCAACGCGCUGCAGCUCAGGAUCAAGAACUCCAUCUGCAAAUCUGUUCAAUCAAAAGUGGAAAAUAUCCUGCAAGACAUAGAGAAGUUCUCAGAUGUUGAAAAACUCUACCUCUACCUUAAGUUGCCUUCUGGUCCCAGCAGCAGCACUGAUAAAAGAUCUUUUCUCAGUGACCAGAGCGCCCUGUCUUCAAGCCGCACCCAGCAGAUGCAUGCAUUCAGCUGGAUCCGCGAUCAUUUAGAAGAAUACCCAGAGACCUCUCUUCCCAAGCAGGAGGUCUAUGAUGAAUACAAGAGCUUCUGUGACAAUCUCAACUACCACCCACUAAGCGCCGCCGACUUUGGAAAGAUGAUGAAAAACGUCUUCCCGAACAUGAAGGCACGGCGACUUGGCAUGAGGGGAAAAUCAAAAUAUUGUUAUAGUGGACUAAGGAAGAGACCAUAUGUUCAUAUGCCAUCUUUACCCACCCUGGAUCUCCAUAAAACUGAUGGACACCAGUGUGAAGUCCUGGAGUCACCAGGCCAGCUGAGCAGCAUCAAGGAAGAAGUACGGUUUGCAGCCUGUGAUCUUGUGUGUGAAUGGGCCCAGAAGGUGCUGAAACGACAGUUUGAUGUUGUGGAAGACUUGGCUAGAUUCCUGAUUGACAGCCAUAACAUCAGCAACAAGUCUUUGGCAGCUCUCACCGUUAUGACCGGCACAGCAACAGAGGUCAGACCUCCACACACCAUCUCAGCCUUCUCCCCCAUGGCAGAGACUCACCCCUUCCAGCCUCACGUGGCGAUUCUGUCGUCGCCAUCUGUUGAUGCUAAGCAGCAGCUGCAGAGGAAGAUCCAGAGGAAGCAACAGGAGCAGAAGCUACACUCCCCUGUACCUGGAGAUGGACAAGCCAAGAGGCUAGAUGACAAUGUACCUUGUGGUAGCCCCACCACUCCAUCUCCACAGCCAACAAUAGGCAUCAUGGUCGCCGCUGUCCCAAGCCCCCUCACGGUGCAGAGGAGCAGGCAGCUGAUGUCUCCAAGUCCUGUGGGAACCGUGGAAAGCAAAGUGCUGCCUAUCAACUUCCAAAUGGUGACCCAGCCAGUUCAAGUGGUGAAACAGAGCCCCAAACCUGCCCAAAACACUUUAGCCAGUCCAGCAGGCGAACGCACAGCUCGACAGCGCUAUGCCCAAAUCUUGCCUAAACCUUCAGCCACCACUGCUAUCACCUUGCGCUCACCCUCCACAAUGAUCAUUGCCAACAGCCCUAUCAAGACUGUGAUGACUACAUGUCACGUCAGCCCAGUCAGUUUUGUUAAAAUGACAGCCAUAUCACUGGCACCUAACAGCUGUGAAACCACCACAUCUCUUACAAACACCACUCUGCGGCCAGCAUCUGCUGGCCUCGGUUCAGCAGCUGCUGCAGACAUGGGCUCCAAUCAAAACAUGAGGAGUGCUUCAGCGGCUCCCAUUCUGGCCCCGGUGGCCAGGCUGGAGCAGACCACUAACACUCAGAGCAUGGAUAUUGAAAUGGAAGUUGAAGCUAUACACAAGAACAGCCAAAUGCAAAAUCUUAGAAGUCAGAUUUUGACCACAGUAGCAAUGUCAAAUGGAACCGGAGAUGCAGUGCAGAGGGCUGCCAGUGUGCCCAUACCCCAAACUAAAGGCUUCAUGCAUCUGGAAGAAAUAUCCAGCAUUAAAUGCAGUGGAAAGUCUUCUUCACACACUACUGGGAUUCAAAGCAGCAAUAAUAGUGCUAAUAAUGCAAACACUUUGCACUUAAAUGCCCCCACUCUGAAUACCAGCAUUGUUUCUUUACUUAACACCAGCACAUUGUCCUCAUUUGGGGAAAGCAGCCAAACAAAAGAAGGAUUCUUGUCAGCGAAGAGCCUCAGGAAACGCUCAAGCUUCAGUCCAGACCUUUCCCCAAUUAAAAGGGUUUUUAUGCCCCAGCAGCCAGCAGAGGGUGCUGCAGCUCUUCAAUAUAACAGAAACACAGUUGGCAAUGUCUCCAGGCUAGGCGCUUCAACUAGACCUGAGAGUGCACCAGCUACCAGGGAGGUAGAGAUGAAAAUGAGCUCCAUCUUGUCCACUCAAGUCCAUACACAAAGCACUUCCUCUUGCAGAGCCAGUGGCUUCAGCUCUGUUGCCAAAACACAUAGCUCAAUGCAAAGGAAAAACAUUUCCGCUGUUAUGGAAACUGGCACCUCAGUCAGUCACGUAGUAUUACAGGAGCAGCAGGGGAACACAGUGGGCGGCAUGCAUGCCAUACCCAGUAACCCUGGUUUUCAAAAACAUACAGGCGCAAACACAAACUCAGCCACAGGGAGCCUGGAACAACAGAUAUAUGCUCAGUCCAACCCUGCUGCUGACACCUUACAAUUUUUUAAUCAAGUAUCAUCCAGUCAGUUGCCUGUGCAGGAGGAAGUGGACUAUUUUCCCUUCGAUGAUGAUGUGACUCAGGACAGCAUUGUGGAGGAGCUGGUGCAGAUGGAGGAGCAGAUGAAACUUAAACACCUGCAAGCGUUUGGAAAAUGUGGUACAUUGCAAAGUCAUCACUCUGCAAUUCCAGACAUGACAUCCACCAAUCAGGCCAUGACUGCUUUCUAUCAUACUGCAAACAACAGCAGCAACUCAAUCCAAACUCCCACAUCAGAGAUGAUGGGAGGGGGCCAACGCCUGACCGGAGAGAGUCCCUGCUCCCACAUCGCAUCCACAACCCCAGUGGACAGCGCUUUAGGAAGCAGUCACCACACCCCAGUUGGAACACCACAUUCCAACUGCAGCAGUACUGUUCCUCCCAGCCCAGUAGAGUGCAGGAACCCGUUUGCAUUUACACCCAUCAACUCCAGCAUCCCUGGUUUCCAUGACAGCAGCACUGUUUCCAGCAGUCCUGUCAAACCCAUGCAAAGGCCGAUGGCCACCCACCCUGAUAAGGCAAGGUUGGAGUGGAUGAAUAACAGCUACAACAGCAGUGGCGGGAGUGCAACAAAAUCAAACAAUGGAAUGGGAAUUCUCCCUGGCUAUCAGUGCUUGAUAGACAAUCAUUUCCAAAAGCCUCAUGCGUUCGCUAUUCCUCAUGCACGCCACCAGGACAGCCAUUUUGGCCGCUUGACUCCUAUAUCACCUGUGCAGCAACAGGUAGCCAACAUGACCAAACAGGAGGGCUUCGCUGUUCCUGCCCCUCUGGAUAAUAAAAUCACCAACACAUCCACUGCAGCGUUUCGAUGUAGAAGUGUGAGUCCUGCAGUGCAUCAAAGGAAUCUGGUUGGAAACACGGGAAACACUGCACCUCUUAAUGUCCCUCAUUCAGUGGUGUCGCCCUUUAAUUCUCCUGUGACACCUGAGAUGUUGAACAUCUUUGCCAAUAACAAGUCAAAUAUUGGGGCCAGCAGCAUGGCUCAGAGGAGCCGCUCUGUGCCACUCAACAUCAUGAUGCAAACUGAGGUCCUGCCCACAACAGGCCAACAAUGCAGCAGCAAAAACAUCACCAGUGUCCUUCUGAGCAAGCUAGAAGGGGACCACAAUGACGCUAUGCGUGGUUUGGGCGUCAAUAAUUUACCAUCCACCUACACUGCACGGAUGAACCUCACACAGAUCCUGGAGUCCAACCCCAACCUCUCCUGCACUGACAGUCACCUCAGCCUGAUGUCCUCGGACUCCACCAGCACUUGCAACUCACAGAGGCCGAAUUACCUCAUAGACAAUGCUGUUAAUGAACAGAUGAUUCUCUCAGCAGGCAACAGCCAAGUUCACUCAGCCUCUGGAGAGCAGCAUCAGCAACAAGCCCAGUCUAUAAUGUUAUCUUUGAGCUCACAGCAACAACAAGAGCUGGGGCGGCAGCAGGUAUUCAGCAGCACGCAGCACCUCUUAACAGACAGCAAUCUUACGGCUGGCAGCCAGCUCAUGGAUCAGGUGUCUGAGCUAACUCCAGGGGCAGCAGAUUUUCCCUGUGAAAUCAGGAUGACAUCAGAGCUUUCAAACAGUAUCAAUGACCUAAAUGCACUGGACACAAACCUGUUGUUUGAUCCCAACCAGCAGCAAGGCCAAUAUCAAACUGCUGCUUCAGAGGAGCUGGUGAACGAGCAUCUGUUUCAACAAAUAACCAGCGAGACGCUACAUUCAAGUGGGCUGGACUGGUUAGAAAGCAAAGAUCAUCCAGCUGUUGGGUUGAUGGGCUAAGGUUUUUUUGUUGUUGUUUUUUAUCAUGUUGAACAUGGGUUAUCUGUAGUUACUGGGAUAUUUUUUGUUUGUUUUUUAAAUUUAUUUCCAGGCAUUUAUACUGUGUAAUGCAACACUGGACAGCUAAGGUUUGUCCGGUUUAAGUGCCAGGCUGAACUAAGAUAAUGCUGCAACACUGAAUAAAAAUGCUGGUCAUUUCCCUUUAAUAAUAGAAUAUCACCUCGUGUUGUUUCAUAAAGAGCAUUUUCAGUAAGUAGACAAAAAAAGGAGAGAGAAAAAAAAAUUAUUUGACAUUUUACUUUAAUUAUAAUUUAGAUAAAAUCAUACUCAAGCUGUGAAACUCUGUAAAUAAAAGUGGAAGAUAAUGAUUGAGAAGCUUCUUACAAAAUAAUUAUAUCUUCCCAUAUAGAGCUUGACAGCUGCUAUCAAUAUGUGAUUGAAGUAAAAGAUCUAUAAAGAAGUUAGAUUAACUGCUUAACUAACAUAACAAACAUCUGUGUGUCGUCGACGUAUAGAAGAGUUGGAGAAUACUUUGUAGUAACUUGAAUUGUCUUCACAUAUUAACAACAAUUAACAAGACAUGAAAAAAUAUACACACAUUUAAUUUCCUGACUCAUCAUGUAACAAAGCCAUAGAACUAAAUUACCCCAUGUAAGUCCUUAAAUAUAUACUUGUGAUCGUAAUAUAGAAGAGCUGGAUGUGAAUACAUCUAAGAUCAUGUAUCAGAUAUAUUUAUCUAAUCAGAAACAUAAUAAUCUCCAUUAGCUCACUGAGAUGGAAUAUAUGUCUGAACUGUUAUUUCCAAAUUAUUCAAUUUUUUUAAAGCUUUUCAAUCAGUUUUAAUUACUUUUGUUUUACAAAAUUUGUUCAUGAAUCAGCUGGUACUCGUCUGUUAUCAAACAGCAUUUAAAUGAUGCCAAUAAUAUAAUUGGGCCUCUUUAUGCAAAUUUUAUAUUUUACAUACCCCUUUUGAACAAGUCUGAAAAAUAAAUGUUGCAUCAUCUUGAUUUAAUAAUAGGGAAGCGACGAAUCCCUUUAAAUUACAUGCUAUAUGUGCAUGGACUGCACUACAAAGAAGAAAAUGAUGUGAUAUUAAGCAAAGGAUGACCUCUUCUGCUUUUUCUAAUGCUCCUAAAAAUAGCUUUAAUUAUGCAUUUAGGAUUAAUAUGGUGGUUAUGUCACACCAACAUUUGUGCAGGAUUGUGGGAUUUUGUGUUGUAGACGAGAGCUCAACCACUUACCCCACAGCAAAGUAAAAGAAAAACUUUAUAAUAAGACCUAUUUAUCAAGCUAAACCCUUGAAUGGGAAUUUAAAGGAUAAAGAAUAAAAUUGAAGCCAUUUUACUUUCACGUAUUAUCUGCAAAUGAUUCAUCUAAAGUUGAUGAAAAAAAUCAACACUUUGAUGCUCUUUUGUAAAGCUGUAAGCACUGACAAUCUUCUGAUUAUCUACAGACAAAAACACUGUAUUUGGCCUGUUUGGUUAAGGUUUUACUGCAUAUCAUGAGGAGUUGUUUAAAUCUAAAAGUCGAGCUUUACACUGAUGCCAAGCAACCAUCCACUCAAAGAUGCCUAUUAUGGUUUCUGGUUUCUGAGCCUUAUGUCAAUGCCAAAGAUGUAACCUACAACAACAUGCACUGUGAUUAUGAGUGUAAUUCAAUGUAACCUCCUCCUGCUCUAUGUGAUGUGCAAAGUAAGAGGGAGCUGUGCACUAGAGAGCUCCCUGGAGCUUUGCACUCAUUCGUUACAGCACUGGAAAGACAUUUGUCUCCCAAAAUUCAUUUGAUCUGGACAUUUUAGGGAUUUCUUUGCUUACUCUUCUUGAUGCUUUUGUAAACACAGGGCAGGUAUAUGUUUUUUUUAGAGGCAAAAAAAAAAUAAAUCAAAACACUGUAAUUAUCUGUUUUUCUGUGUUUGUAUUAGCUCUGUUUCCUGGUCACACUAUAUAGUUUCAUUUGUACAGAUUUACAGUCUGGGAGUGUGACCAGUAGUCUAGAUUUUUUCUUUUCUUUUGUUUUUUCUUUGCUUGUUUUUAUUUGUUUUACUGCUAUUUAUUUACUAUGUCGUUUGUACAUAAGGCCUAGCCUUGUAAAUCAUAUAAUCUUGUGCUUUCACAGUAAACUGACCUGCACUGAUUACCACCUUACAGUACUUUUCUUAAAUUUUCUUUUCUUUUCCAGCAGAUUUUAUAUCCAAUUUAUCUGCUGGUGAAUAAUGAGACACUUGCUGUAUCCUUUAGAUUCAGAACUGGAUGUUGACAGAAAUUUGUACUAAAGAACAUUUGCACUUGUUUUAAAAGGUGAAAAUGGCACUAUGUGUAUAACUAAACGUUGUAAGGUUAAUGUCUGGAUACAUUACAAAUGCCAUAUAUUGAAUUUGGCUGAUUUAAGUACCUUUAACUGCUUAAAAAGCAGAUUAUGACACUUUAACAUCAAGUCUAAUUUGAUAUUUUGAAAUUUAGAUAAACCUAUUAUUUAUAUUCAGUUUUUUCUAUGUGUUCUCUCAGUUUAGAUGUUCAGCUGUGUGUCCAUGUGUUUGUUAGCACUGUUGUUUGUUUAAUGAAGACUUUACCCUUCCUCUUGUAAGUGGUUUAGAGCUGUAGAGCUGCACUCCACUGUGAUUAUUUUGCUGUUUUGUUUUGUUUUUUUUCUUGCAUUUUAGCAGGUGCUUUUAUAAGGGGAAGUGCUUGUUACAGUUUUUUUAAAGACUUUUUAAAAGGAAUAAACAUUUUUUAAG